GCGCCAAAGCUGAGGAGUCCGCCCGGAGCACUUGCGGAUUGCAACCCAACCGCAGUUCAGCCUUCCGCCGUUCCGCACGUCAUUAUUACCGCCGACCAUUCGUACCGUUGGCAGUCUAGAUCGCGGCGAGCCAGCGCCCGGUGCAUCCUCCCCGCGCCUUCCCCGCCAGAUACUCCGCGUCAGCUACUACCUACUAGUACCUAGUACGUUGUAGCAGCCAGCCGCCAGCUCCUACGGGCGUACCAAGUUCCUCUGACGAGCGACAUUGGCUCAUUGGCCCGCCGCUUGAUUGCCGUGCAGCUCCUCGUCACAACCGCUUGGCCGGUCUUCCUUUCUUAGACCGCGCUCGGCCAAUUAGACGGCCCAGGGAUUACCGGUGGGCUGUCCCGUCGGAGCGCGCUUGAUGCACACCCUCAACUUCCUUAGGAGGAGACGGACGAAGGACAGCGGCAACCCGGGCACCUCGUCGCCAAGCAACCCGUCCAGCCCCGUGACACCGACAGCGCCCAGCAGCUCCGAACAGGCCACCGCCCUCCGCGGCCCCUCUCGUCCAAGCACCGCGUCGCAGUCCACCCACCGCUCGUCCGCGACCGCUUCGCAACCCCACGGCUGGCCAACCGAAGCAGCGGUGGCCGAGCAGCAGCAACCGCAGCACUCAAUGAGCACUUUACCAGCUCAGCAACCACCUUACCCGGUGGCACAACAUAGCCCCUCUCCCGCGACCGAGCCGCAGAACGUGCCACGCAUCGCGAACCUGAUCAAUCCGCCGCAACAAGAUGGCUCGGUCGGCUACCAACAGCCCGGAAACUACUAUGCGACGAAUGCUCCGUACAAUGGUGGGGGGUUGUUAAGCCAGCCCCAACAACAACAACAACAACAACAGAAUCAUCAUCAGCAGUCACAACAUCAGCAGCAGCAUCAGCAACAACAUUCAGAGCAGCAACAGCACCAAACACACCAGCCUGUACAGCAUCAUACGCAGCAGCAUGCGGUGCAGUCCGAAGGCCGGGUCACCAAGGGAAGAUACUCGCUGGCGGACUUUGAGAUGUUGAGGACGCUAGGCACGGGCAGCUUUGGCAGGGUGCACCUCGUGCAGUCGAGACACAACCACCGAUUCUACGCCAUCAAGGUGCUGAAGAAGGCACAGGUGGUCAAGAUGAAGCAGAUUGAGCACACCAAUGACGAGAGGAGGAUGCUGAGCGAGGUGAAGCACCCGUUCCUGAUUACCCUCUGGGGCACGUUUCAGGACCCGAAGAACCUGUACAUGGUUAUGGACUUUGUCGAAGGCGGCGAGCUUUUCUCGUUGCUCAGAAGGUCUGGGCGCUUCCCUAAUCCAGUAGCCAAGUUCUAUGCUGCCGAGGUGACGCUGGCGCUGGAAUACCUGCACUCAAAGAACAUCAUUUACCGGGACUUGAAGCCGGAGAAUCUGUUGCUGGACCGGCAUGGCCACCUCAAGAUUACGGAUUUUGGUUUCGCCAAGCGAGUGACGGACAAGACGUGGACGCUCUGCGGUACUCCAGACUACCUGGCGCCCGAGGUCGUGUCUCAGAAGGGCUACAACAAGUCGGUAGACUGGUGGUCGUUGGGUAUCCUGAUCUACGAGAUGCUCUGUGGCUACACCCCAUUCUACGACAGCGGGUCGGCCAUGAAGAUCUACGAGAACAUCCUCCGUGGCAGAGUCAAGUACCCGGCUUACAUCAACCCGGACGCCCAGGACCUCCUCGAAAGGCUGAUUACGGCCGACCUUACGAAGCGGCUGGGGAACCUGUAUGGAGGUUCCCAGGACGUCAAGAACCACCCUUGGUUCGCCGAAGUUACGUGGGAUCGACUGGCCAGAAAGGAUAUUGAUGCGCCUUACUCGCCCCCUGUCAGGGCGGGUGCGGGAGAUGCCAGCCAGUUUGACAGGUACCCCGAGGAGACGGAACAGUAUGGGCAGCCGGGGCAUGACGAAUAUGGACAUCUCUUUCAGGACUUUUGAGACGCGGACGAACAACCACAGUGUAUCGGCGGUCCACACCCAACAGAUGGUUGCCUGCUGGUACGUGUCAGUCACAAAGCGUGUGGUUUGAUCACCACUACCUCUGAUGAGCGGCCUGCAUGGAAGGUGCAACCCACGGCAGCUGCCAGAAUCAUGCCCUGGUUACGACGCGGAUGAUGAGGAUGAGGUAGAGCGGGACAGUACGAAUGGGUUGCUUGGGUACUUGGAGCUCAGG